GGCAAGUUUGUUGCACAAUCUCUGUCAAGUUAACUUACGAAUUUUCAAAAAUAGUUCUUAAAAGUUCUUAGCUUUGAGUUGCCCAAGAAUGGCUAAUAGCACGUUUGACUUCCUUGACAAUUUAAAUUUCAUGGAAAACAUGAGUUGUCUGGCCGUGAUGAGUUUUCACUUUGAAAAUCGUUGUAUAAUGGCCAGGCAAAUUCCGGACUGCAAAUACAUUGCCCAUUACUUUAAUUACUACGAGAUGAUGUACUGUGCUGUCAAGAUAGACAACAAGUUGACUGAAAUUCUUGUGAUGCUCCUCUUUGGCAUAAUCUACUGCAUUUUCCUCUGCAUCCUGUACAUAAGCAUCAACCAAUACUUUUCACAAACGCUGAAAACCGCUGCCCUCAAGAUGCGGAUAAACGAGUACAUGGCGGGUGUUCUGCUCGUGGGCGUGGCAACUUCAACGCCCGAUGUCCUAGUUAACCUAUCGCCCUGUAGGGACGAGGCCUAUAGCUUAAACAUAGCCAUGUGCAGUGCCUUUACGAUCAUCUGUCUGAGCGGAGGCGCCGUGUGCUUCAUUCGUCCUUUCAGGAUGAAUGGUCACAGUAUUUGCCGCGACCUUCUUGUUCUCCUUUUCGUCGUGGAGGUGGUGCGACUUUUUGUUGACCUACCGGGUAUACCGUCUUGGAAGAAGGGAGUUGUGGUACUAUGCAUCUAUCCACUUUAUCUACUGCUUAAUAUAGUCGACCUUCUUCUCCUGCGAUACACAAUAAAAAAACUUCGAAGAGAGAUUGAAGUUUUAAGACACUCGACAUCCUCCAAACAUAAUGAUCAGCAUUUGAAGGAAAAAAUAAUUCUUUUGAACAGUCUUGAGGAAGAAGAUGAAAUCCAAAUACGUGAAACGAAACUGUUCCGUCAGAGAUCUGCCAAUACCCGUUUCUUUAUCACACCAAAACCGCUUAUUCAUCAUAAGGAAGUUGAUGUGGAAACGACCAGGACAAUCCUCCACAGCGAUGCGAAUCCAAAAAACCUAUUCCUGUUCAGCGAGUUCCUCCAAGCGAUUAAUCCCAUUGACCCGGAUGUAUGGUACCUGAGCGGUACAUGUGCCCGAAUCGCACUUGUCCUCAAGUCCCCAAUUGUUUUUAUUCUAAGACUGACAAUUCCAUGUGUGGACUAUCAGAUGGUCAAGCAUGGUUGGAGUAAGCUGCUGAAUUGCAUCCAAAUAGUGAUAACACCUUUCGUGGUUCUUUGUAUGAUUCAAACUUCAAUCGAAGGGACAUACUUAACCUGGUAUAAAGUUCUUCUUAUGGAAUACGCGGUAUGGUCAUUAGUGAUAACAGUGCCCUUGGCCAUAAUUGUGUUUCUCCACUCGCGAACGGACAUCCCGCCCUAUCAUUCCGUUUAUGGCCUGCUCACAAUUUUCACUGUGAUUGUGUACUGUUGGAGUUGUGCCUGGGAAAUGGAUAUCCUGGUGUCGAUCAUUGGCAUUGUUUUCCACCUCAGUCCGUCCUUCAUGAGCAUCACCUUCAACUCUAUGUCUGCUGCUGCGGCAGACCUAAUUUACUACGCUCACCUGGCCGAGCACGGAUACGGAAAGAUGGCUUUCGGGGCCAUCGUUGGUGGUUCAGUGUUCAACGUGGUUUUCAACGUUGGAAUGGAGUUGUUGGUGGGGACCAAGCUUGGUUCGCACGGUCAAGUACUUCUGUUCGGAGAAGAGGGCGAGACCAUCAUAUUGUUCCUGGUGAUAACCAUCUUAACCACCAUUUGGUGGUCCUUGACCUUCGACUUCUCUGCCCGUCGAUCAUCUGGAGUGUUCCUGUGGUGCCUGUUUAUCCUGUUCUUCAUCUACAUAUCUGCCAUUGAAUUUAAGUGGGUGCACGGCUUCGGCGUCAAUACGCCCAUCCACGCAUAUUGUGAAUUGGACACCAGAUUGUAAAAUAAUAUUCAACUUGAGUUUUCUGUGCGCACAAUUUAUUAAGAAAGGAGUUCGGGUCGGGAUCUAACCAGACC